GAAUUAAAAUCAUGAAGAGUGCAGUGUUGAAAUUGUGGACUAUACCAAGUUAACUUGUAUUGCACGCUCUAAGGAAAAAGAAGAACCAAGCCGCAAAGGGAAAGUGGUGGGGAUGUCUUCGUCAUCCCACAAACCGCCAAACCCAUUUAAGCAGGGCGAUAAGGUGAAUUUACCGAGUUUUCGCGAUUGCUAUGCCUCCUUCGUUUGCUCGUUAAAGAACUUAGGGGAGCAGACGAUCAUGGCGCCGAGCCCUGCCUAUAAGCUCAACCGCGCGAGCGAACGGAAGGCGGGUGACGAUGACGACAACGACGGAAGCGCACGAAAAGGAGAGGAAGGCAAGGAGGAGCUGACGUUGAUUUCUUUGAAUUCGACAUGCAGUCAUGAGGACGCAUCACCGGAGUUCGUCGAGGAGGCGAAGGGGAGGGAGGAGGAGGGAGGAGCUUCUCCAACCACGUUUAACGACGACGCUUUCACCCCAACACGCCCUUCCCCCCCGCUUUUUCACCCUCCUCCUCAUCCGUAUCAUCGAGAGAAGGAUAAUCACGAUUAUCGUGAUUUGUUGUAUCAUCCCGAUUAUCAUCAUCCACAUUAUCCGUCUGCCACUGUGUUUCAUGUAAACGGGGUGACGAAAACAAACUUGGGGAGGGGGUUGCCAGCGAUGGCAUCGAUCGAGCAGCGUGUUUCGGCGAUUCUACCGCCCGUGGAGGACUUUGAGGGUAGCGGUGCUUUUGCAUAUUAUCGACCUAAGCUACCUUUACAAGAGCGGAUUUCUUCUUCAUCUUCUCCUUUGUUCAUGGCCGCACUUCAACAACGUCCAUCGCGAUUGUGGAAGUCUACUUCCUUUGGGAAUGGCUACUCUAAGUUUUAUUAG